AAAUUGUUUUUUCUUGAUGCAAAUUUAAUGUACGGCUGUGUCGUCAUCGAGUCUGCUUGGAUGUCGAUGACGACUGAAAACAGUUCGGCUCAGUCCCAACAGGAAAGUAUGCUCUUCUGCAAAGUCUGUUAUACUGGAAUCAUAAAGGCGGGUUUUUAGUUUUUAACUUGUUUUUUCUUUUUACUAAUUUAAAAGGCGAAGAAAGCUUUAAUGCGUUAUGGUGUUAUCACCGUAAUGAGGUAACCCUUUGUUUGUAAUGUUUGGUUACUUUUUAAGAUGUUUGUAGAAAACGUCCAGGAGGAGUUUUACAAUAUUAUAAAAGGAAAACACGUUUUACUGUUUGUCAACUACGAUGUCGAUGCUAUUUGCACCUGUAAAAUGCUCCAGUCGCUCUUCCGCUCUGAUUCGACGCUUUACACGUCACUGACCGUCGAAGGUGUACAGGACUUGAUCGAAGGAUACUGCAAGCAUAGCGAACAGGUCAAAUUCGUUCUGCUUAUCAACUGCGGCGGUACGAUCGACAUAGUUGAAACGCUGCAGCCGGAGGAGGACGUCGUCUUCUUCGUCCUGGACAGUCAUAAGCCGACUGACGUCUGCAACGUCUACAGCAGGUCGCAGGUGAGGAUCGUCGGAAACGUGGACGAGAGCGAGAAGAUCCCGAGGUUCGAGGACAUAUUCAUAGACUCCGAAACCGAGGAUGAAGACGAGGAGGAGGAUUUUGACGAAGAGGCCAGAGCGAAGCGGAAACAGCGAAAGCUCUGGGAAGAAAACCGCAACAAGACUCUUUUCGAAUACACCCAGUUUUCAUUCUAUGGUCGAGCGAGUGCCCUAGUCAUGUUCGAAAUAGUUUGGCGUUUAGGUAAGGAUAACAUUGAAAGCCUAUGGUGGGCUUUGGUCGGUUUUACGUAUCAAACUGUGUUAGGAUUAGUGACGGAAAGAAACUACUCGAAUGAACUUCCAGUCCUUCAGCUCCAUCUCACGAGACUGAUGCCAACGUCAAACAAUUCGAGUCGAAUGGAAGGGUAUCGGAUAACGUGUCAGAAAGAUCUCAAAUUAGUAUUAUACCGACACUGGACUGUGCAGUCUAGUUUAAGGCAUUCAAUAUCCACCGCUGUAAAACUGAAACUUUGGAGUCAAAAGGGUGAAAAAAGACUUUAUCAACUUUUAGCGGAAAUGGGCCUCCCAAUAAGCGAUUCAAAGCAAAAUUUUACUUCGAUGGAUUCUGAAUUGAAAACGGGCUUUUUAAGUAUGAUUGAAUCAAUAGUAAACAAUUACGACUUAGAUAGUCUCAUAUAUCAUUCAUUUAUAUUAACAAUCGGUUUUUCAAACAGUUAUCAAGCUGCUGAUUACGUCUAUGGCAUGCUUGCACUACUCGAUUCAACCCUUUCAGAAAAAACUUCCAAAGAGUGCUUCCUCCUGACUCUAGACAGUUUAUCCAGGUACAAGCAUAACAUCAUCGACAAAGGGAUAAACAGCUCCAAGAAACUUUUAACAUCGGUCAUGCGCCAAGUUCACACUCUGUUAGAUAUGAAACAGAUAUUUUCUGCAGGCCCUUUUCUUUACUUCAUCCUCGAAGAGGGUUCUGUGGAUUCAAAAAUUUUUUCAUGCCCUUCUAGCCUUGUGAUACUGGCAAGGUACGCGCUCAUGGCGUUCAAUUCGAUCUCGAGGAACAGGAGGACUGCGAUGCUCCCACUCAUAGCGUCUGCGCCUUCGACCAACGACAACUGUAUCAUACUCGGAAUUCCCCCCUCUACUGAAGUCAUACCGAGGAACUUCUUCGGCAAAGCUUUUGACCAAGCUGUUGAAACUAUCGGCAUAAAUCCUGUUAUUAACUACUUCGACUCUUCUGUUAUAAAAAUCUGUAAAGAAGACAGGCCGAAAUUUUUUGAUUCACUUGUCACCAUUUUGAGUUAGCGAUACAUUUUCAAUAAAUUAUAUUUUAAUAUAUUUGAAAACAUCACAGUUUUAAUAGUUCAAAUUUGUCAUUUCCUGUGUAAAAAACAUGAAAUAUUAGGUUUUAAUUGUACAUACAAUAAUUUAUUUAAACUACAAUAUAGGAAUUUUUAUUUUAUACUUUUGAUACCUGCAAAGAAUAAGACUGUAUAUAUCAAAACUAAUAAUUGUAUAUAUGAACUUCUUAAAAUGUAAUUUGUAGUAGUUUCAUUUCUCUUAGAGCAAUUGAUCAUUACAUAACACUCAGCUGGGUGCAUUAUUGUUAUUUUUGUUUCUUCUAUACUCAUUUGGCCUACUGACCCAGUGAUUAUUAUAAAAAUACAUAAGGCCAAAUAGAUUUGUAAAGCUCUCACUGCCCACUGGCAUUCAAGCUCAAAGAGUAGAAAUAAAUUUGUUUUGUUUUUGUAA